AUGUCUCGCUUUUUCCACGGCGGGAGCGACAGCGAAAGCUCGUCCUCCGACGAGGAGGAACUCUACAGCGAUCGCGAGAAGGCAGAAGAUGAGGAAUCCAGCGAGGAAGAAUCCAGCGAGGAGGAGUCCUCUGAGGACGAGAGUGAUUCCGAUGACGAGGGCGGUCUGCAGGGUGCUAAGAGUUUCUUGAGAUCAACCAAGACCGCCGUUGAAGUCGACGAGGAUGAAGAUCGGGUCACUGUUAUGAAGAGUGCGAAAGAUAAGAGGCUAGAGGAGCUGGAACACACGAUCAAAAUGAUUGACAAUGCGGAGAGAAUCAACGAUUGGGCGGUUAUUUCUACGGAAUUCGACAAAUUGAACAGGCAGACAGCGAAAAUUGCCCAGUCUGGCCCUACUCCAAAGAUCUAUAUCAAGGCCAUCGCUGAUUUGGAGGACUUCAUGAACGAGACCCUUGCGAAACAAAAGGUUUCCACGAAGAAGAUGAACGCCAACAACGCAAAGGGAUUCAACACUGUUAAGCAGCGUCUAAAGAAGAACAACAAGGAGUACACUGCCGAGAUUGAGAAAUACAGGGAGAACAACGAGGAAUACAUGGAGCCUGAGCAAGAGGAAGAGACCGUGGUUGUGGAACGUGCUCCUCGUGUGGCGGCCCGCUUGGACGAUGCCAUGGUUGGAGAUGACACCGGAUUCUCUACCGUUGGCCGCGGUGGAAAGACUCUCCAGUAUACUCCAGAGAGUAUUCUCAAGCAUCUCCGAGUCGUCGUUGAGUCCAGAGGAAAGAAGAACACCGACCGCCUUGAACAGAUCCGAACAAUGGAAAAGCUCCUCGAAGUCUCCACUACUCCAUACCACAGCAUCCGAACCCUCUUGACCCUCAUCUCUACCCGCUUCGAUCUCAGCACCACCUCACCAAACAACUUUUUGGGUACAGACCAAUGGAAGCUCGCCGAAGGGGAGAUUACAACUCUGCUUCAGACAUUGGAGGAGAACCCCUCCUAUGUUGUUACCGAGGGUGCCGAGGAAUGGGAAGAUGACGAGAAGAUGCCCCAGCUUACCCCUGGUGAAGUUCUCAAGGUCCCUGGCAGUAUUGUUUCUCUGGUUGAACGAUUGGAUGACGAGCUUACUCGCUCUCUGCAACAUAUCGACCCUCACACUGCAGAGUAUAUUGAGAGACUCAGUGACGAGCAGCUCCUCUACAACAACAUUGUUCGUGCCCUCAUCUAUGUUGAGAACCUGAACGAGAUCGAGAAAUCCGAGCCCAGACAGGACAGCGUGAACAGAGUUUUGAUGAGAAGACUAGAGCAUGUCUACUUCAAGCCUGCUCAGGUCGUCACUAUAAUGGAGGAAAACUCCUGGAAGGUUGUCCCCGAGAAACUUGACUCGGGAAUUACCCCUCGCGCAAAGAGCACAGAUGUCUCCGCUCUGGUACAAACUCUCUGCAACUAUCUGUUCGAACACAGCGAUGGUAUCAUAAGGGCCCGUGCUAUGUUGUGCCAGAUCUACUUCCUUGCUCUUCACGACAAAUACCACCGUGCCCGAGAUCUCAUGCUGAUGUCCCAUCUUACUGAGAACAUCUCAAACUUUGACGUCAGCACCCAGAUCCUCUUCAACCGAACCCUCGUACAAAUUGGUCUCUGUGCUUUCCGUGCCGGCCUUGUCUAUGAAGCACAAAACACCCUUUCCGAGGUUUGCGGAAGUGGACGACAAAAGGAGCUUUUGGCCCAGGGAAUCAUCAUGCAAAGAUACUCCUCUGUCUCGCCCGAGCAGGAAAAGCUUGAGCGCCAGCGCCAGCUUCCUUUCCAUAUGCACAUAAAUCUCGAGCUCCUCGAGUGCAUCUACCUAACAUCCAGCAUGUUCCUUGAAGUUCCCCUGAUGGCUCAAACUUCAUCAUCCCCCGAACUCAAGCGACGAAUCAUCUCCAAGACCUUCCGAAGGAUGCUCGACUACAAUGAGCGACAAGUCUUCACCGGCCCACCAGAGAACACCCGUGACGGUGUGAUCAUGAGUGCCAAAUUCCUUGCCGCUGGUGACUGGAAGAAGGCCUCCUCGACCCUCAACUCUAUCAAGAUCUGGGACUUGAUGGCUCAACCCGACAAGAUCAAGGUUAUGCUCGCCGAGCAAAUCCAAGAGGAAGGUUUACGCACCUACCUCUUCACCUACGCCCCAUUCUACGAUACCCUCUCCAUCAGCACCCUCGCCACCAUGUUCGAGCUCUCGGAGAAGAGGAUAUCUGCUAUUAUCAGCCGCAUGAUCUCUCACGAGGAGCUAGGUGCUGCUCUCGACCAGGUUAACGAUGCCAUCGUCUUCCGCAAGGGAGUUGAGCUUUCUCGACUCCAGAGCCAGAUCGUCACACUCGCGGACAAAUCGAUGUCUCUACUAGAAGCCAACGAAAAGACCCUUGAACAGCGAACACAAGGCAUGACGAACGCCUUCCAGCGUGACCAAGGCCACGGUGGACGUGGUGGUGGACGUGGCGGUAGAGGCGGACAGCGAGGAGGUGGUGGCCGCGGCGGUGGUGGUGGAAUUGGAGGACAAGGUAGAAGGCCAGGUAAUCAACAGUUCGGCGGUGGUGCCCUGGGUGGAGCUAUCCGAGCAUAA